CAUGGAGGUGUAUAAGGAGGGUAAUCUCUCGAAAUUUACUGAAGCUCACAGAAACGAGCAAGUCAGUACGUUUUUUUGCCGGUGAUGACGCUUUUGCUACAACAGUUCUAUGGUCACAUGGUAUUUUUGUUUAUAUUUUUUCAUGAUAAUGUGACAAGUCAAAAGAUAAUUAUUUAUUAAUUGUUAUUAAUUAAUGUGACGAUUUAAACUAUGAUCAUAAUAUAAUAAAUUGAUAAAACUAUCAAUAAGUCUGCAUUUAAAACACGAAAAAUGGUACAAAAAUGUAUUGUUUCCGAAUGUCAAACAUUAAAGGGAAAUAAAAAUGGUAUUUCUAUUUUUUCUGUACCAAAGGAUCCUAAACUUUUUGAUGCUUGGAAAUCAAAUCUCCCAAAGCUAAGGAAUUCCCUGAGUGUAUCAAGUUUGGUUUGUGAAAAACAUUUUCAUCCAAGUGAUAUAAUGUCACAGUUUACUCAAAAAUUACCUUCAGAAACGUGGAUAUAUCCUCGUAGUAAAAAACGAUUGAAACCUAAGGCUGUCCCUAUAUCUUCAGACGUCUGUUCAACUUCAGAUAAUACAAUAUUUAAGGGUGAUAACGAGGCAAUAAAAGCAAAUGAUGAAGUACCAAAUGAAUCUAUCGUUGAUGCACCAAUUAAUCCUUAUGUUCAUGCAUCAAUUAAACCUGGUGUUAAUGUACCAGAUGAGCAUGAAUUUUAUGUACCAAUGCAAUGUAAUGUUCAUGAACAAAAUGACUCUGAUGUUCAUGUAUCAGAUGAGUAUGAAUUAUAUGUACCAAUGCAAUGUAAUGUUCAUGUACCAACUAAAUCAUCAUUACAUAUGAUACAUGCGUCAACUCAGACUGUAGACCAUGAAGACAUGGAAAUUAAAGAACUACCAACUGAACACAAUUUUUGUAAAGUGCCAUUUACUUUUGAUACUCUACUCAAUAACCUGAAUAAUAUAAAAUAUCCUGGAAAUUGCAACUGGGCUCAUACUGUAGCCCCUGAUAAAAAAAAAGUAAUUUUUGUAUCGAUUUCAAUUGACAAUAUAUUGCGUCGAGUGGAAAUAUAUAAUAAUUUAAGUUCUCGAGUUUUAAUGGAGUUUAUUCAAGUACAUGAAGAUUAUUUGCAUCAUAAUUUUGAAAAUAUAAAAGAAGUUGUUGAUUAUUUAACAACAGUUUAUAAUUGGAAUCUUUGUGUCACUUUAAAAAAUUCUCCAAGAUUUAUUUCUGAUACAGUUUGUGAAGCCAUUGCUUCAUGUAACAGACAGAGUAUAGGUCGACCAACUUUGAGAUGCAUGAAAUGCAAUAUAAAGAUGGAAUCACAGAAAUGGCGAAAACCUCCACCAACUACUACAGUAAAAAAAGUCUUAAAAAAAAAGAUCUUGCAACAGAAGGUGAAGCGAUUUAAGCAAAAGAUUGAAUCACUUGAAACGCAUGUUAAUGAACUACGAAAAAAGUGUGCAAGUGUUGAAGAACAAAAAUUAGAAGAUGCUAUCCAUAAUGUAAAAGAUUCUCAAAAAACACUUAUAAAGGCAUGUCUUCAGGCAGCUAAAAAAGUUGGUGAAGGUAAAAAAGGUAUUAGGUAUGAUAUAAAAUGGAUUUAUCAGUGCUUGCUGUUAAGAAUAAAAGGACCUGGCCUGUAUGAUAGCUUAAGGAACAAUGAAACAUUACCUUUACCUUCGAGACAAACACUUCAUAAAUAUAUCAGUUCAUUUGAUAGUUCAUUUGGUUUUAAAAAAAGUAUUUUUGAUGGGUUAAAAGAAAAAAAUUUAUCAAAACCAAGAUAUGAACGAAGAGGUGUUUUGUUGGUUGAUGAAAUUGCUUUGAGUAAAAUGGUGACAUUUGAUCAAAAAACACUAGAUGUCUUAGGAUUUGUUGGUUUAGGAGAUCAUACCCCAGCCAGCCAAAAAGGACAAAUAGGUGAUCAUGCACUGGUUUUCAUGUUCCAGCCUUUUCGUGGUACUUGGGUGCAAACACUCGGAUGUUUUCUUUCGAAAGGUGCAACUCCAUCUGAUACCUUAAAAGAAUUAACAUUAGAAUGUAUAACAAAGCUUGAGGAUGCUGGCCUUCUCGUUGAUGGUGUAACAACUGAUGGAGCAUCCUGGAAUCGAGCUAUGUGGACAAAAUUCAAUGUUGAUGAAGAAAACGUUUGUUGUUCACACCCAUGUGAUGAGAACAGAAAAUUAUGGUUCAUUUCUGAUUUUCCUCAUUUAAUAAAAAAUUUGAGAAACAGAAUUGUUGAGAAAAAAAUAUUUAAAAGUCCAAGUGGAGUUAUCAAGUUAACACACUGGGAUGAAGUUCUAAAAGCAGAUAAUCCAGAUGGAUAUAAUUUAAAAAGUUUGCCCAGGUCUUACACACAAUGUUAUUCAUCCUAAACCAUUCCGAAAAAUGAAUGUUAGAAGAGCAUUUAGAUUCUUUAGUAUUGCUGCAGGAAUGGAGUUAUUUAAAACUGAAGGAGUACCUGGUUUACAAGAUGCAGAUCCAUCGAUAGAAAUUAUUAAAAUUAUAAAUAAUGUUAUAAGGAUUAUGAACUCGAAAUCCCCAGGAGAAAGUCUGAAAUGGGAUUCCGAUGAUCGCAAGGAGCUUGAAAAUUUUUUAAAUUAUUUGGAUGUUUGGGAAAAAAUUGUACUUGAGGAUAUUACUGAUAAUAAAAAGAAUAAUGUAAAAACUUUUAAGUCCAUUACUAAUUCUAUACUCUAACAGGACUUAAAGUCACGAUCAGGGCAACAUUGGACUUGCAUAAAUAUUUAUUUGAUCUAGAAGGCGAUAAUUUAUCAUACAUAAUGACAUGUAGAUUAAACCAGGAUGCUUUAGAGAGAUUUUUUUCAAUUAUUCGUACUGCAUGUGGAAAUAAUAGUCACCCUACUCCUGUUGCUUUUGCUCAAGCAUUCAGGUUGUUGAGUGUUUACUCCUUGAUUAAACCACCUAAAGGAUCAAAUGUUAAUGCAGAUAAAAUGCUUAUUACUCUACUUAAAUCUGAAGAUAUUGAAUCCAAGACUGAAGCAAGUGGAAAACAAAAAGUAAUCUCACAACUUGAAUCUAUUUUACAAAAUCAAACAACAUAUAUUGGUGAUGACGAUGAUGUACAAAAUUUGAUCGUUGAACCAUUUGAUCAUGAUUAUGCUCGACCAUAUACGAACGAUGAAGUAAAAUCUUACGUUUCUGGGUAUAUUGCAAGGAGAAUAAAAAAAUUCACAAAAUGUGAGAGUUGUAUUUCAAAUUUAACCACUGAUAUAUCAUCAGAUAGAGAUAAAUUAAUAGAAUUGAAAAGCAGAGGAAAGUUGCUAAAACCAAGUGAUAAUUUGUAUAAAAUAAUAGCUACAGCUGAAAACUUAAUAAUUCAUACUGUGUAUGAAGAAAAUUUAACUACUGAUUUGUUGUCUCAUAUUUUUAAUGCCAUAGAAGAUACUAAAUUUCCUAAAAUUGGCUGUGAUAAACAUGACCUGAGAUCUCAAAUUUUAAGCUUUUUUAUAAUUUUUCGUAUGAAUACACUUCGUCAUCGUUACAACGAUAUUUAUUUAUCAUCAAAUAGAGACAAAACUCAAAUGUAUACGAAAAUAGCAAAAUUAUAGUAGGUGUUAAUAUUUUUAGACAGCAAAAAUAAUGUAAUGAUUCAUUCAAACUAAAUAAAAAAAAAUUAAAUGUAAGCACCGGUAAUUUUAAUUUUUUAAUGAUCAUAUACUUUGAUGUGUCACAUUGUCAUGUAUUAUGAGAGUGCCAAAAAUGUAAACAAAAAUACCAUGUGACCAUAGAACUGUUGUAGUAAAAGCGCCACCAUCGGCAAAAAAAGGUACUGACUUGCUCCAUUCCGUGAGCUUCACCAACAGCCUAUGCUUUAACAUAGGAGAUUACCCUCCUUA